AUGGUCAAGAAAAGAGGAGCUGCUAUUCUACCUAACAAUAUCAUCUUACUUCAGAACUUGGUCAAGCGUGAUCCGCAGUCGUAUCGUGAGGAGUUUCUUCAACAGUACGCGCAUUAUGAAUCUCUUAGGGAUUUGUUCGUUGCCAACGCUGGUACUCAAGACAGUGCAGAGCUUGCCGAAUUGAUUGGAUUCGUCACUGCUGUGUGUAGCUGUUUCCCAAAGGAGACGGCGAGCUUCCCUGAUGAACUGAAAACAAUGAUCUCCAAGAACCAUAGAUCCUUGAGCCCUGAGUUAAGAGAGAAGAUUAUACAAUGUCUUGUGAUGUUGAGAAACAAGAACGUCAUUACUGCGGAGUCGCUCAUCCAAACGAUUUUUCCACUGCUGGCAGCUUAUUCAGGUGCUUCAAACAUGAACAGUCAACACUCAAAACAACUGCGUCAUCAGGUUUACAGUACGCUUAUCACUUUGUUGAAGUCAGUUAAUACCGGUGCGAAGAAUCAAAAGCUUAAUCGUUCUACACAGGCUCUUUUGUUCAAUUUGUUGGAGCAGAAGGACUCCCAAGGUCUGUGGGCUACAAAGUUGACUAGGGAAUUAUGGAGAAGAGGUAUCUGGGAUGAUUCCCGUACCGUGGAGAUCAUGACACAGGCCACAUUGCACCCAGACACGAAAGUGUCCAUUUCAGGUGUAAAGUUCUUCCUAGGUGCCGACAAGGAAAGAGAGGAGAACUUUGAAGAAGACUCCGAUGAAGAUGGGUUCGAUAUCGACGGUAUGAAGCACAGAAUGACCAUCAACAAGAAGACUGGUAAAGCCAAGAAGAAAUUGGAGAAUGCAAUGAAGCAGAUGAAGAAGAAAGAUAAACCUAAACACUCUGCAACAUACUUGAACUUUUCAGCCAUUCAUCUUUUACGUGAUCCUCAAGGAUUUGCAGAACAGCUUUUCGACACCCAUAUGAACGGUAAGAAUGCCAACAAAUUCAACCUCGAGCAGAAAAUUGCUCUUAUGAACCUUACCUCGAGACUUAUAGGUACACACAAGUUGACUGUUCUCGGUAUUUACUCGUUCUUCUUGAAAUACUUGACUCCAAAGCAAAGAGAUGUGACACAGAUUAUGGCAGCAGCUGCCCAAGCUUCCCAUGAUUUGGUUCCACCAGAGUCGAUCAACGUUGUCAUUAGAAAGAUUGCUGAUGAAUUCGUCUCUGAUGGUGUUGCACCAGAAGUUGCAGCAGCUGGUAUCAAUACAAUCCGUGAAAUCCUUUCCAGAAACCCAUUGGCCAUUGAUGAGACUCUUUUGCAAGACUUGACGGAAUACAAGGGCUCCAAAUCGAAACCUGUUAACAUUGCAGCAAAGUCUUUGAUCUCGUUAUACAGAGAAGUCGCACCGGAGAUGCUUAAACGUAAAGACCGUGGUAAAGUUGCCUCCAUGGAGAUCAGCUCAGGGGAGAAGCGUGGUCUCCCACAGUUUGGUGUCGAGAACAACGUGUCUGGAAUUCCAGGUAUCGAGCUCUUGGCUCAGUGGAGAAACGAUCAAGGUCUCGAAGGUAAUGAGGAUGAGGAGGACGAUGCCAACUGGGAAGUCGAUUCUGGCUCAGAUGAAGAAGACAUUGACGGCGACUGGGUGACAGUGGAAUCAGACCAGGAGUACAACAUCAGUGAUUCAGAGGACGAGAAGGAUAAGAAGGAACAACAGGAUAAUGAUUCCGAUUCCGACUUGGACCUGUCUGAUGACGAAGAUGGCGAGUCUAAGAAGGAGCAAGCUAACCAAAAGCCAAGCUUGGACCCAGAAGCUGCUUUCAGGGAGCUCGCAUCUUCUCGUAUUUUGACACCUGCUGAUUUCCAAAAGAUUGAGGAGCUUAGAACUCAAGCUGGCCUGGAUAAGAUUAUGGGUGUCAAGAGAAGUAGAAAUGAGGAGGAAGUUGAUUCUUCGUCAUUGGUCGGACCAGUGAAGUACAAGCAACUACGUGAGGAAAGAAUUGCACACGCACAAGAAGGUCGUGAAGAUAGAGAAAAGUUCGGUUCUCGUAAGGGUAAGAGAGAUGCUCCUCACUCCACAACGAACCGUGAGAAGGCCAGAAAGAAGAACUUCGUCAUGAUGAUCCACAAGAGAGAUGUCCAAGGCAAAGCCAAGAAGUCACUUCGUGACAAACAGAAGAUCCUCAGGGCUCACAUCACCAAGCAAAAGAAGAAGGGCUACUAG